AUGACAACCUCUAACCAUCGCAGCCGUGGCUUGCCCUUCCUCCAUCGGAACUGGCUUCAAGCCACCAACCAUUGGGAAUCUAAGAUGAGCAACAAGCUCUCGUCGCAACCACACGAUUCCAACGACAGGCCCCCAAAAGACGAUUCCCAGACACAGCGCACAGCAAAGCGUCGCCGGAUCGACAAUGGUUACGAUGGGUUUCCGUUGUUCGAAGGGUAUGGCGCAGCCCAACGUGCGCUUCGAAUCGAGCUUCUCAAGGUCAGCCACAAGGAUUCACCUCGCCUCAAGAACGGCAUCUUAAAUGGCGUCAUUGCCCCGAAUGUGCGCGACGUUAUUUAUGUCAAGGCUCGCUGCAAGCUCACCAUCUGCGGCUUCAGGGGCGGCGAACCAGUUGUCCUGCAUGUCGAUAGCCAAGUCUGCGGCCUCCGCAUCUUCAAACAUCCCCCGGGCUCAGCCCCCAUUGCGCGGUUCUCCUCUAUUCGACCAUUUCACAUUCCAGAGGAAAAGAUCUUUCUCGAGCGCGACGACGAUGCCGUCUUCGGCCUUGCCAAUACGUACUCUGUGCUUCUUGAGCUUGAGUCAGCCGGUGAUGUUAACUGGCCACCUACGGACUUAGUGCCGGUCAGCGAUGAGGAGAAAUUUUACAACAGAGGCCUGCCGCCGCGUCACUGGGUCUUGACAGCCAGCAUUUCAGAUAUAUUCAACAACCGUAAUCGCAAGUCAAUCCGCCUUCGGGUCAAGAAGCACAAGCAACUCCUCAAUGAUGUUGAUGUUCCCACCAACUUCCUCAUCGACUUGGACGUUCGGUGGCUGACUGCGCUGUCUCACCGAGCAAGGUCAAGAGAGCUUGCUAAGGACAUCCAACCUUCCAUCUCGGUGUUUGAUCCUCACGAGCUCGCCACACCGUUUGCGGGCGGCGGCCCCCCCGCCGACCCCCCUGUUGCCGGUACCGCCGGUGGGCAACAGCAGGUGGGCCCCCAGACAAAUGUAACGAGCGAGGGAGGGCUUGCGUUAAAUGGGCACCUCAAUGGGUCUGGGCUUGAUCCAGCAGACGAGUUUGCCGAGGGCGAGCUCACCCCGAGUCGUUCUCGGCGGACGAGGCAAGAUAUUAACUACAACGUGAAGCAGAUGUGGAACAAUGCGGUCGGCAAGGAAACAAGGAAACGUCGGAAGCUUGGUGAAGAGCACAGCCAAGUUGACGAGCACACAGUCACGUAUUUGCUUCCACCAGAACAAGUCCAGACAGAGAGGUUUGCCUGUCUCUUGUGCGGCGCCGAGAACGACCGUCUCAGCCAGCUCCGUGCUCAUUAUCUGAGCCACCCGCAGUACGACUUCCACUUUGAGUUCCGGCCGAAAGCGGGAUACUGUGUCACCGUGAAGCCCAAUGCCAAUAGCUUUGGCUCGCCCUUGCGUCCCAAAGUGUACCAGCUUGGUCUCCCGGUUAAACCUUUGGAUCUCGAAAAAUAUGUGAAUGGUGACGAUUCCUGGGUCACCUCUCGCCUCGGCCCGGAUAACGGCCGUGAAGUUUUCCAAGACAAUGCUCCGCAAGGGGGCCACCCGAAAUCAACCAUCAAGCGAACCCAGCGCAAGGUCCUAGUCCCCAAGACUAAACAACCCCUUUUUGACCCCCUCAGUAAAGUCCAGCUCCCAGCUGGGACGGUCAUUCCCCAGCGUCCCCUUGACGACUCUUGGCUCCUUCUCAAGCACCGCGACAAUCUGCAGGAUUUCAUCGACCUCAACGCCGCUGAAAAGGAAUACUUACAGGAAUGGGAUGCCUUCAUUAUGCGCCAACACUUGUCGUCCCAGGAAUACUUGCCACGUCAUUUCCUGCGCUUUGUGCACGAGCACGCGGCCUGGCUGGUCGAAGUGCGUUCGCGAGCUGAUGAGUUCAGCAAACAUGCCGCGACGCUGCUCACCCGUCGCAUGCUGCCUGACACCGUCAUUUUCGAGGCUACUCAACUCGUGAAUGACGCGCGGAAUAGGCGGGCUGCGAUGGCUGAGGCAUCGGAGACAGCAAGCAAUAUGUCUUCAAAGGAAAGAGGGACUGCACAGGCACUACUCCCCGCCCCGGCCACAGCUAGGAACAAGGCUUCGGGCGGGUGCUGCGCCAAGUGUGCUGAGCCCGUGCCUAUGGGUAGCUUGCUUGUUUGUUCCAACAAGGCUUGCAAAAAACGGCUGUACCACAAGCACUGCGUGGAGAACCCAGAAGCGGCGGUAAAGGCAAGACGGAGGUGGAAGUGCGCCGCUUGCUUGUAG